UAUCGAUAAAUUACAAGCAGCUGAUUGGCAGAAACAAGGUAGAAGAAGACCCAGUCCAACACGUGCGAUUGUUUAUUGUGAAAUGGAUUCCGGUAUUUGUUACAUCAAACCAGAAUACCUGGUAACUGAAACUGAGGGCAGCAGUGCAGCAGCUAACACUGAAAACAGCGAGAACAACAAAAGAAAACGCGAGGACGCCGAAGAUGUGAAAGACGGCGGAAAAAAGAAAUGGGACAAAAAGGAACGCAAGCGUGGACAGAACAAAAACCGCCCAGUUUUUAAGGACGAGCGGUACUCGCAUCUGUGCCACUCGCUGAUCGACGGAACCGGUGGAGAACCUUGUUCUCUUGCCAACUGUCGCUAUGUUCACGAUUUGGAUGCCUACUUGGCCGCCAAGGGUGAGGACCUGGGCCUCGAAUGCUAUGUGUACACCACCAAGGGCUAUUGUGCCCGCGGGGUUAGUUGUCGCUUUGCAAAGGCCCACACAAAUGAACAGGGCAGGAACCUCAAAAGGGAGGACUACGAUGAAAACGCUCCUCCAACCACAUUCAAUGGCGUCAGUUCAGAACUCCAAGUGCGUCUGCGAAAACAUGAUUAUGACUUUAGUCGCAGCAAGGAGCUUAUCAAAUUGGCUGAACAGCUAAGAGAUGCGCGAAAACUAAAGGUACAACAGGAAAAGGAAAAGAAUCAGUCUGAAGGGACAGUAAGCUCCACUUCAGGAGAAGAAGAACCUAGUGACACCACCGAAAUACUAGAUGCAGAACAACUGACGGAUUCUAAAAAUGAGCCAACUGGCAUUGGUUGUGUAAUUGAUGAGUCCGCUAUCGGCAGAGAUGCUGAUCAGAAGCCCGCCGUUGACUUCCGCGAGAAACUCGUGCUGUCACCACUUACAACGUUAGGUAAUUUGCCCUUUCGGAGGAUCUGCAAAGAGUUCGGUGCAGACAUCACCUGUGGCGAGAUGGCCUGUGCUCAGCCUCUUUUGAAGGGUAUGGGCCAGGAGUGGGCCCUAACCAAGCGACACCAGAGCGAAGACAUCUUUGGAGUCCAGCUAUGCGGAAAUAAUCCCAACAUGAUUAAUCAGGCGGCGCAGGUUAUUUAUGAGACGGCCCAGGUGGAUUUCAUUGAUCUUAAUAUUGGUUGCCCGAUAGAUCUGAUUUACCAGCAAGGCGGUGGCAGUGCGCUGAUGCGACGAACCAAUAUCUUGGAACUGACAGUGCGCAGUUGUGCAGCCUUGUCGAAUCGCCUGCCCUUCACCGUGAAGAUGCGCACCGGCAUCUAUGCAGAUAAAAGCGUAGCGCACGAACUUUUGCCACUGGUUGAAGAGUGGGGUGCCUCAGCAGUGACCCUCCACGGGCGAUCCAGGGAGCAGCGCUACACUAAACACGCCAACUGGGCUUACAUCGAGGAGUGUGCUGCCAAGGCAAAGCGCAUGCCGGUGAUCGGCAAUGGCGAUAUACUCAGCUACGAGGAUUACAUUGAGCGUAGGACGCUGGCACCGCACGUUAGCUCCGUAAUGAUUGGUCGCGGAGCCUUAAUAAAGCCCUGGAUAUUCCAAGAGAUAAAAGAGAAACAUUCCUGGUCUCCAUCGUCCGGGCAGCGCUAUGAGAUGCUGCAAAAGUUCUGCAACUACGGUCUGGAGCACUGGGGCUCUGACACUAAGGGUGUGGAGACCACUCGCCGAUUCCUCCUCGAAUGGCAGUCCUUUCUGUACCGAUACAUACCCGAGGCCUUGCAGACGGCUCCGCCGCAAAAGAUCAACGCUCGUCCGCAAAAGUACCGCGGACGCGACGAAAUGGAGACCCUCAUGAGUUCCGGCAAUGCAGCUGACUGGGUGAAGCUUAGUGAAUCGCUGCUGGGUCGUGUACCAGAAGGUUUUACUUUUGUACCCAAGCACAAGGCGAAUGCCUUUUAGAUUGCUUUUGUAAAUAAAUUUGUGGUUUUGAAGUUAUGUGCGGUGUGACAUAACUGCUGUUAUGGAAAUAGGUUGGACAAUUUCUUAAGCAUAAGUUUAGCGGCAGAACGACAUGCAAUUGUCUUAGUAAAAAUAUACGCCUUUAUUGAUA